AUGACUUACACAGUCUCCGAGAUCACAGAUCUGCGCAUCUAUCCUAUCAAGUCAUGCCGAGGCAUAUCUCUGAAGUCGGCAAGGCUGACGAGACAGGGACUGGAGCUGGACAGACGGUGGAUGUUCAUUGACAGUAGUAAUAAAUUCAUCACCAUUCGCUCAAAACCGCAAAUGACAUUGAUCAACACCGCCAUUGAUUACGCUUCCGACAGCCUUGCCAUAACCAUAGGCCAUGACACCAACAAGCAAGUCAAGGUGCCUGUUCAUCCAAGGCAGGAGUGGCUCAGUGAAAACACCAGAGAAGUCUCAGUCGACAUUUGGGAGUAUAUCACCGACGCCUAUGCUUACACAGAUCCCACGAUGCUGGCACUUUUCAAAGAGUUUUUUGGUGAAGAGGUUCGUCUGGUGAUGAAGGGUCCCGAGCCAAGGAUAUGCGCCGGCAACGGCUCCCCUAAACGACUAGGACGUACCGAAAGCGUCAAUUUCCCAGACGUACUGCCCAUUCAGAUUGCCUCCGAGUCGUCGCUUGCCGAACUGAACUCGAGAUUAAAGGAGAAAGGCGAGAGCGAAAUCACCAUCGAACGCUUCCGACCAAAUAUCAUAAUCAAAGGAGGAGAACCAUGGUCUGAAGAUUCGUGGAAGACAGUGCGCAUUAACGGAGACUCUUCAUACUGGACUACACUCACGGGCGGCAACUUGCAUGCAAUUGAUGUCGAUGUGGUUGCAAGGUGUGCUCGGUGCACAGUACCCAACGUCGAUCCCGACACUGCGGAGAAGGAUGCCCACCAGCCCUGGGAUCUGUUGGUCAGUUACCGCAGGGUUGAUGAAGGCAUCAAGUAUAAACCUUGUUUCGGAAUGCUCUGUUGCCCAAGAAAUGAAGGAAAUGUCGAAUUAGGGAUGCGAUUCGAGGUCAUGGAAGUUACCGAUGCCCACAGAUAUGUCAAAGGGUUUUAG